UCUGGGCUGGCAACUGGGAAAUUUGUUUUGGUUGCCCCUACCCUGACAUGCAAUUCUGUCUCCAGGAGGAGAGAGUGGCCACUGCUGUGACAGAUGUGGACAGACCUGACAUGAUGAAGAAUCGAAUCCCUGUGGUGCUCCUGGCCUGCGGCUCCUUUAACCCUAUAACCCACAUGCACCUGCGUUUGUUUGAGGUGGCUAGAGACCACUUGCACCAAACAGGCAGGUAUCAGGUGACCAGUGGGAUCAUAUCUCCCGUCAAUGACCUGUAUGGGAAGAAAGAUCUGGUGGCCGCUAAGCACCGUGUGGCCAUGGCCCAACUUGCCCUGCAGACAUCCGACUGGAUCCGAGUAGAUCCCUGGGAGAGUGAGCAGACACAAUGGAUGGAAACGGUGAAGGUGCUCAGGCAUCACCACCAAGAGCUACUCACAUCUCUGUCCCCGAUGGAAGGCCCGGACCUUGGCAAGGCUCCUUUCCCUGCCUCUGCAGCUGUGCCUGAGCUGAAGCUCCUCUGUGGGGCUGACAUCCUAAAGACCUUCCAGUCACCUGGCCUCUGGAAGGAGGAGCACAUCCAGGAGAUCUUGGAGCGUUUUGGCUUGGUGUGCAUGAGCCGGGCAGGCCACAAUGCCACCGCCUACAUCUCGGACUCACCUAUCCUGCAGCGGUACCAGCACAACAUCCACCUGGCCACGGAGCCUGUGCAGAACAAUAUUAGUGCCACCUAUGUCCGGCAGGCUUUGCGACGGGGCCAAAGCGUGAAGUACCUGGUUCCAGACUCCGUGCUGGCCUACAUUAGGGUCCACGGCCUCUAUACCCUGGACACUGCGGGCUCCAGUGACUCCCAGAGGAAGAAAGGAAGGACACGCUAGGGAGCCACCUCCCCUCCUGGACAGAGGGCUGUGGGAUCUUUCCUUCUCCUUCCUCUCCUCCUACUCCCUUUUCUUCCCUUCUUUGUUCCCCUCCCUUUUAUUCUUCUCUUCCCCUUCCUUCUUUUCUAUACUUUUCUUCCUCUCUCCCUUUCUCCCUU